AUGGACGAGAAUUACCUCUGGAACUGCUUCGCGCACACAGGCGAGGUGAGCGCGCAAGAGCGAGUUGGGCGCGCAAGUGCGGGGUGGGCGCGCACGGGUGGGGUGGGCGCCCACGGGCGGGGUGAGCGCAAGAGGGGGGUGGGCGAGCACGGGCGAGGCGUGCGGGGAGAGCUGCGCGCUUGUUCACUGGGAGCGAGGGACUCGCGCACAGGGGACGGUUUCUGCGGCGCGGUUACUCUGGCGAUUGAAGGACGGGUGCAAUCAGUGAAGAUCAUCCGCAACAAGGCGACGGGGUACAGCGAGGGGUACGGGUUUGUGGAGCUGUCGUCGCAUGCGGUGGCGGGGAGUGUGCUGGGCAUGUAUGCGGGCACCGCCAUGCCUCAGACCGACCAGCAGCCCUUCCGACUCAACUGGGCGAGCUUUGGCAUGAAUGACCGCCGGCAAUCGGACGGGCCAGAGCACAGUGUGUUUGUGGGCGAUCUAGCAGCGGACGUCACGGACCUGCUGCUCACUGAAACCUUCCGCGCGCGAUACCCCUCCGUGCGAGGCGCCAAGGCGCCAAGGUGUGCUGUAAAUUCCGGCCUGACCCUUGGUCUUGUCGCAGACCUCUCCCCUCCCCCCACUGGCUCCCCCUCCGCUCUCCCGCUUUUCUCUUUCCCAUGUUUCCCCUCUCUCUCUCUACUCCUCCUUUUCUCUUUCCCAUAUUUCCCCUCUCUCACUCUACUCCCUCUUCUCUCUUUCCCAUAUUUCCCCUCUCUCUCUCUACUCCCUCUUUUCUCUUUCCCAUAUUUCCCCUCUCUCUCUCUACUCCCUCUUCUCUCUUUCCCAUAUUUCCCCUCUCUCUCUCUACUCCCUCUUCUCUCUUUCCCAUAUUUCCCCUCUCUCUCUCUACUCCCUCUUUUCUCUUUCCCAUAUUUCCCCUCUCUCUCUCUACUCCCUCUUCUCUCUUUCCCAUAUUUCCCCUCUCUCUCUCUACUCCCUCUUUUCUCUUUCCCAUAUUUCCCCUCUCUCUCUCUCCUCCCUCUUUUCUCUUCCCAUAUUUCCCCUCUCUCUCUUCUCCCCCUUCUCUCCCAGGUCGUAAUGGACAACACCACAGGGCGCAGCAAGGGGUACGGUUUUGUGCGGUUCGCAGCGGUGGAGGAGAGGGACCGUGCCCUGGGGGAGAUGAGUGGGCAGUACUGCUCCUCGCGCCCCAUGCGCAUCUCCAUCGCCACGCCCAAGAAGGCCGCGGCCUCCUCCUCUUCUGCCUCCUCUGCUGCUGCUGGCUCGUCUCCUGCUACGGCUGGUGAGAUGGGGCCUGGAGAGAGGGGUCUGGCGGGGAUGGUGUGGGUUCUGGUUGGUUGUGGAAUGGCUUUGUGCAUGGGGCCGGUCUGCUCCAUCGCCACACCCAAGAAGGCUGCUGCCUCCUCCUCUGCGUCUUCCUCUGCUGCUGCUGGCUCCUCGCCUGCUAUGGCUGGUGAGAUGGGGCUUCGGCUGGUGAGGUGGGACCUGGUGGGGGGGCUGUGCACCUUUGCCCGUCCCUUCUCCUGCCAACUCCCUUCCUACCAGUGCCCCUUAGGUGCUUGUGGUGUGAGUGGGCUAGACGGGAGUGUGAAAAGAAAAGUGUUUGUGGGGGGGUUGGACGCGAGUGUGACGGAGGAGCAGCUGAGGAGCGUAUUUGGAGCCUUUGGGGAGCUGGUAUACGUGAAGAUACCCUUUGGCAAGGGCUGUGGCUUUGUGCAGUUCCGGCAAAGAACACAUGCAGAGGAGGCCAUUCGCAGCGUGCACGGCACCAUGAUCGGCCAGCAGGCAGUGCGGCUGUCUUGGGGGAGGAACCCCACCGGCAAGCGGCCCCAGCAGCAGUCCUCAGGAGGGCAGCAGCAGAAACAGCAGCAGCAGUCACAGCAACAGCAGCUUCAGCAGCAGCAACAGCAACAGCAACAGCAGCAGCAGCAGCAGCAGCAGCAGCAGCAGCAGCAGCAGCAGCAGAUGUGGGGAGCGGCAACAGAUCCCAACAUUGCAGCAGCGGCUGCAUGGGGCCAGCAGCAGCAGCAACAGCAGCAGCAAGUGGCAGCUGCAGCUGCUGCUGCUGGGUUCUACCCGGCCCAAUACGGGCCCCCUCCUGGGGCGUUUGAUCCCAAUGCUCCUGGGUUCGAUUCCCAGGCAGCAGCAGCGUACGGCCUACCCCAGGACCCAACAGCCGCAGCAGCCGCAGCAGCAGCGUACAUGGGCUACGCUGCAGCAGCAGGUUACAAUAUGUACGGUGCUGCUCCUGCUGCUGCAUACGCACAUCCAGGCAUGGGUGCCCAAAUCCCUGCUAUGUCUGCCAUGCCCCACCAGCAUGCCUUGGCUCUGCAGCAGCAACUGCAGAUGCAGCAGCAGCAGGUGCAGAUGCAGCAGCAGCAUCUGCUUCUGCAGCAGCAGCAGCAGCAGCAGCAGCAGCAGCAGCAGCAGCAGCAGCAGCAGCAGCAGCAGCAGAUGGGGCAGCAGAUGGGGCAGCAGCCGCAGCAGCAGAUGGGGCAGCAGGUUGUGGGGGGGGGUCCGCUAGAUGCGGGGCAGCAGGGGGAGGAGCAAGAGCAGCAGGGGCAGCAAGGGCAGCAGGGGCAGCAGGGGGGACAGCUGGUGGGAUCGGGGGGUGAGGUGGUGGGGAUUUCAGAGCAAGGCGGGGAAGAGAGGCAACAGGGGGGAGGAGCAGCAUUGGAGCUGGGGAAUGUUCUCUCCCCAUCAUCCCUUGCUAUCUCCUUAUCCGUGUUCUCUCCCUGUCAUCCCUUGCUAUCUCCUUAUCCGUGUUCUCUCCCUGUCAUCCCUUGCUAUCUCCUUAUCCGUGUUCUCUCCCUGUCAUCCCUUGCUAUCUCCUUAUCCGUGUUUUCUCCCUGUCAUCCCUUGCUAUCUCCUUAUCCGUGUUCUCUCCCUGUCAUCCCUUGCUAUCUCCUUAUCCGUGUUCUCUCCCUGUCAUCCCUUGCUAUCUCCUUAUCCGUGUUCUCUCCCUGUCAUCCCUUGCUAUCUCCUUAUCCGUGUUCUCUCCCUGUCAUCCCUUGCUAUCUCCCCAUCCUUGUUCUCUGCCUAUCCUCCCGUGCAUUCUUCCCUGCGGGCCCGCUUUUGGCAUACAAGCAACGGGAUGAGCCGGGCAUAUCCAAUCCAAUGAGGCUGUCGCACACAUGCAGACAAAAGGACCCACUCUGCUCAGGCUCAGUAGCACAUGGCAUUCGAGUGCUGCAUCGCAUUACCUCAAUAGAUGGGAUUGUAGACAGGAAGUGGUGUAGUUCCCCUUUGGCUGUUGGGGUACCUUUACCGUAUUAG